AUGGCUACCACGGUCUGGCCGCCGAUCCCCACGGAUGAGCUCGCCCGUGAAGAGGACGCCGCUCUGGCUCGCGAGCUAGAGUGGCUGCUGUCGUCGCUGCGCACCACCCUCAAAUCCCUCAAAGCCGGCCUCGAGGAGUGCGCCGCCUUGCUAGCUCCGACCGAGCAUGGAUCCACCUUGGUCGUGUCUACCGUGAGGUCUGAAAGCCUGAAGGGCUUCGUGACGCGUGUGGGUACGCGUAUAGUGAAGGGCGACAUCAAGCUGCGCCUCCCUAGUCUGCCUCCUCCGCGCGGUGCGACCAGCUACCCGCUGACCAUUUCGCAACAACCACAAGCAUCCACCCUGGUCAUUGAACAGCUGACUGCCGCGCGGACUCACAUAAAUUCUUGUCUCGAUGUCGUCGACGUGACUACGUGGGCCGGCGACGCGAAAAACGCAAACUACAUCUCGGGCCAGCUCCAGUUGCUGUAUGACAAUAUUGAGGACGCUCGCCAGGCCUUGAAAGGGAGCUCAGAGGUGCGACCUCAAUGGUGGGAUCAUCCAGCGGAUGAGAAGAUAUUUGACCCUCCGCUGCCGCCCGAAGUCUCUGUCCAUUUGUACCUCCAAGAUGCUGCUAUAAUUCUUGAGAUCCGCACAUUAGAGCCAUGGACUGGUGACGAUGGAAGCAUUUUCGGCAUUCGCAAAGCUAUCGCAGGUGCUCUCGGCGUCUCUCAUGCGCCAGCACAUGAUGAAGCGGAGAAAGUAUUCACAUACCGCAAGCAAGAGGUGAAGGUGAAGGAAAAGAUUCGGGUUGAAACCCAAGACCCGAAUCUGAUCUCGGCAAUGGCUAAGUUGAAUGCUCUGGAGCACAAUGUGGCACUGAGCAGGAAAGCUCUCGACAUUGUCAUGGGAAAAAGUGAUGAUGAUGGGAGUCUCGAUGCCUAA